AUAAGCUAUAUUUUAUAUUAGGAAUAUGUCCAAUUCUAAUGGUUUUAGAGGAUUUUUUAUUUUGCAUAUUAAUGUUAACCCUAAAUGAUUUGUCAAAACAUGACAUAAAAAUUGUCACAGGUGUUAAUGUAUUUUUAAUCACUACGCCUUAUCUGUCUCGAGUGAUACCCGGCAAUGACGACAACGUCAAAACAUAGAACAAAGGGGAUACAUUUUUCUGACGGUGUAAGGCCGGUAGAUUAUGUGCUUGUUUACAGCAGAAAAAAACUAAAGACCAAUUAUCAAAUAAAACAGCUGGAGGGUUUUGUGCAAAACUUGCAAAAAAUUGGAUUCGAAUACGAAACUCAUCCUUUCAGUUGCGAUCGAGACAUAAAAUUUGUAUUGUUGACAAUCAGUGAAGACAAACUGUUGGACUUUGCGGAGGCAUAUAAAAUAGACCUUACAAUGAACAGUAUUCUGUACAACUUUGAGGAACAUACAUAUGGGUUUACAAAAACUUUUCUUACGGACCCCGACUUAUUCGAUGAUCUAUAUAAAAGGGCCGAAGAAACAUUUUCAAAGCAAAAACCCAAUGGCUUAACUUCCUCAGAGAAAAUAUUCCUUAUUUGUGAAAUCCUUAAGAAAAAUAGAUAUGGGGAGAAGGUCAGCAUGUACGGAGUGCGAAGUCUUAUAAAGGCGGGCACUUUGAGAGCAGCUUUCGCUAUUCACAGUGGAACUUACAAAUGGACUAAGAAAGGACCCUUAACAGAUCGACAGGUCUUGUAUGAGUACUGGGCUCACCCAAAAAGGUUCUACAAAGCUCAACCUGCAAAUGUAAUAGAGAGAUACUUUGGAACUGAAACGGCGUUCUACUACAAAUGGAUGGGAUUGUAUGCAACAAUGUUGGCCAUUCCUGCUAUUAUUAGUGUCGCUGUAGUAAUAUUCGGUGUUGGUACUCAAUUUACCUAUCACAAUACGUUAAGUAUCGAAAUAUGCCAGAGCAAGUUGUUGUUGUGUCCCAGUUGUCCGAGCUGCAAGUACGAGCACAUGAGACGUUUAUGCGCCGCAUCUCACCUAACAUACAUUUUAAAUAACAACUCUACGGUACUGUUUGCUGUAGUGAUUUCCUUGUGGUCCACGGUGGUGGUUGAAAUGUGGAAGCGUAUAGAAGCGACGAAUCAAAUGAGGUGGAAUGUGAAGAACUUGGAGCAAGACUUUUCAAUGAGAAUGGAAUAUAAAGAAAGAGCUUACUAUAGAGAAAUCGCCGAUGGUACUUUGGAACCUUUUAUUCCUUUAACUUCGUGGCUGUUUAGAACUACCGCUACUUUGCUCAGUGUUACACUCACGGCAGCAAUAAUUGUGUGUGUCACGAUUUUUACUCAGAUGUUGCAACUUAAACUGACCCACAUGAUGUAUGACAACACACACCCUUACAAAACGGACAACUAUAAUUGGGUCAUAUUCCAUCAAUUUUUAAAUUGCAGUAUAUUAGCAGGAUUUAUGAUAAUUUUGCAAAAGCUCUACUAUAGAGUUGCUUUUAAGAUAACACACUACGAAAAUCCCAGAACAGAAGUGGAAUUUGAUAAUUCUUAUAUUUAUAAGUGUUACUUGCUUAAUUGUUUCAAUCAUUACUUUGCCUUACUGUUCAUUGGUUUUGGGAAGGGACAAGCUUUUCAACAUCCAGGAAUUAGGGUCAACGAAUUCCAAGAAGUAUUUAUAGCCAAAUGUAUGAUGGUCUUUGGAUGCACGUUAGAAAUGGGAAUUUUGCAACUUUCUAUAUGGAUUAUUCACGGUUUAAUUAAGUUUGUUGAAAACAUUUUUGUUCCUAUAAUAAAUGUCAAAGUGAAGAUGAUAUUUCGGAAAAAGCCGAAAGAUUCUACGGGGGAAAUGCCUCAAUGGGAGCACGAUUUUUUUCUUUACGAACCAGAUCCAUAUCACAUUCCUCAUGCUUAUUUAGACACAGUUGUUGAAUAUGGACUGGUGACGUUUUUUAUUUCCGCUUUUCCGUUGGCUCCCUUGUGUGCAUUUAUAAAAAACAUUUUCCAUUUGCGGUUUGAAGCACUCAGAGCUUUAGGGCUUUACAGAAGACCCAACCCUAGGAAAGUUGCUAAAUUAGUAUGCUUCACCAAAUUGUUGCAAGCUACCACGUAUUUAGGCAUAGUUGCUAACGCCGGUAUGAUCGCAUUCAGCAGCAAUUUCGUACCGAAGAUCCUUUACUGGCACUACAUAGACAGCAGCUUAAAUGGAUUCAGUAACUUCACGAUGUCGCAAUUUCUCAGUUCCGGCGUGUACAGUAUGUAUAAAUAUAAUGAACGUGUUCACGAGAAGUACUGCUUUUAUGGUGGCCUAAGAAAUGCUGUUAACGCAAAUGAUUACACGUUACACCACUGGUGGAUAUUAUCCAUAAGAUUUGCCACACUCCUUGCCAUUGAACACUUUGUAUUUCUUGUGCAAGGAUUACUUUCGUACAUGAUUCCAGAUGUUCCAUACUCCGUAAAAGAAGAAAUCGCUCAUCAACAGAAGAUGAGAAGAGAACAGAGAAUGCGAGACAUUGAAGCCACAUUCAUAAACAAAAGGAAGAAGGCGAUUACAGAAUCUGAACGCUUCGUUUUACUUAAAUAAUUUCCAAUUGAUUAAUUUGUAAUGGA